CCUGCCGCCAGCGCGCUGUCUUUGUUCAACAACAGCAGCACGAGAGGCUCCAGAAAGUUUAUUCGGAUCUUGAAUCUGAACAAGAUCUAACAGUAACACGAGAAACUAUGAAUGGGUGGCUAUGCCUGAUGAUCAUGUUCUUUGGAAAAUUGUAAAUCAGGUAGCUUUGUUUGGAGUGCUUCGAGCUUCGACUAAGGACACUGUUCUGUAGGAAGCUGCACCCUGUCCCUUCCGUCUGACAAGUAAUGUGUGGACGGAGUCAGAUCCUCAAGAAGACUGGUAAACCAUGUCCCGGCCACAGGCCUUAGUGGUGACAGCGGCCACGUUACUGGGUACUGCUGUUGGCUGCCUGUACUUGUGGAAGGCAUUUAAAAGUCCCAAAUGGAAGAAGGCUCUUGCGAACCAGAAUGUAGAGGGUGUGGAAAGAGAGGAAACCACACAGACUGAUGGAGAGGAAUCUUGUCAAAUAGAUAACACAGACAAUUUUGUCAAUCCCAGUUUGCUGGUGGGAAAACUGCUCUCUGCAGAUGCCUUCAUAGUGGAGUCAGAGGAUGAAUGGGAGCAAGCCUGGCCAUUGCUGAAGUCAGAACUGGAUAAUUACCCUCUCAUAGGAAUUGACUGUGAAUGGAUUUCUAUAAAGGGGAAACCAAACCCAGUGUCUCUCCUUCAGCUUGCAUCUUACAGUGGCUUCUGCCUUCUUGUCCGCAUGCCCCAGAUGACCAGGGAUGGUCGCUUGAUGCCGAAAACUUUGCUCGACCUACUGGGGAAUGGUAGUGUUCUAAAAGUUGGUGUUGAUGCUUUCGAAGAUGGCUGCAAGUUAUUCCGAGAUUACUGCAUUAUGGUCAGGGGCUGCUUGGAUGUGAGAUACUUGGCCAUGCGCCAGAGCAGGAAGAAUAGCUUUGCGUGCUCCCCCAGUCUGAAGUCCUUAGCUCAAGACGUCUUAAAUUAUACCCUUGACAAGUCUCUCCAUCUGCGGUGUAGCAACUGGGAGGCAGAAGAACUCUCCAACGAACAGGUUGCCUACGCUGCACAAGAUGCCCAGAUAUCAGUGGCUCUGUUCUUUCAGCUGCUGGGAUUUGGUUCUGCACUACUUGAAAAUUGUGUGCCAUGUGACUGUGAGCCCACCUGGAAGCAGAUGCUGGCACGGUGCCAGGGCCUGAUAGAUGUCCCAUUUAAGGGCAAGAUGGGAAGUAGCAGAGGGGAAGAUGGAACAGGAGACGUGAACUCGCAACAGAGACGGCGAAACAAGAAGCUUGGGGCCAACCAGAAGUCUGCAUCACACCUGAACACCCCAGAUCCAAGAAAAACGCAACACAAACCGCUAGGAGUUGGAUAUUCUGCCAGGAAAUCGCCUCUCUAUGACAAUUGCUUCCUCCAUGCUCCCGAUGGACAACCUCUGUGCACCUGUGACAGGAAGAAGGCUCAAUGGUACAUAGACAAGGGCAUUGGGGAGCUCAUCAGUGAGGACCCAUUUGUUGUGAAGUUGAAGUUUGAACCAUCAGGAAGACCUGAAUCUCAAGAAGAUUAUUACUUGACAACCAAGGAAAACCUUUGCGUUGUGUGUGGCAAGAGAGAGUCUUACAUCAGGAAGAACAUUGUUCCCCAUGAAUACCGGAGACACUUCCCGGUCCAAAUGAAAGACCACAAUUCUCACGACGUCCUGCUCUUAUGCACUGCCUGCCAUGCCACUUCGAACUAUUAUGACAAUGUACUAAAGCAGCAGCUGGCUACAGAGUUCAACGCACCGAUUGGUUGCGAGGAAAGUGUUCGCCUACUGGAGGAUCCGGGUCGCAGGCGGGUGCGUUCUGGAGCACGGGCCUUGCUGCGUGCUGAGGGCCUUCCCCAGACUCGGAGGAAAGAGCUUCAGGAUAUCCUGAAGGCUUUCUAUGGUAAGGAGACAUUGACAAGGGAGAUCCUUGAAGAAGGAGCGUCACUGGAAACGCGGGUAUUCAAUGAGAGCUAUGUCCCUCAUGGUCUGAAAGUGACACAGUCCUGUGCAGUUGGCGGCCUCCGAGCCCUAAUGUCUUUAGAAAAACGUUGGCGCCAGCAUUUCCUGGACUACAUGCAGCCCCGGCACCUUCCACCCAUGUGGUCUGUGGAUCACAAUCACAGCAAGCUCAUCCGCAAGUAUGGGGAGGACCUGAAGAUCGAGUUGACGUGAAAAGAAGAUGCAAUUCAGUUCUUUGUUUUAUUUUUGCAAUUGCUUCUCGAGACUGUGGAAAAGAUCAAUGCUGAUGCAUGAGCCACUUGUAUCAAUCUACUCGUGAAGCACUGGGAAGGACUGCAAGUUUUUUUUUAAUUACAUUUACAAAGGUAGGAGAGAGCUGUUGAAAUGGUGAACAGUUAAAUAAAACACUGAACAAUUAUCAAAUUUUAACACAUUUUAGAGGUUUGGUUUGCAAAUAUAACAUCUGGUACAAUGUCACUGAAGGUACAUUUUUAAAUUAGGGCUUUACUUAAAAACAAUUAAUUUUUAAAUAAAAACAAUAUAUUUGAACCGAAGCAUAAGUGAAUCUUCUGCUUGAGAGAUGCAACAGUUUACAACAGCAGAGGGAACUUCCAAUCUCAGUACAUACCAUCUGGAAUACUGCAGGUUAGUCAUUGUACCUGCUUUUGAGGAUCACGUAGUCAGAUUUUGUCAGAGUUGCUCAUCCAGAACCGAUCAGAACAGUAAAAUAUAUUUUAGCUUUUGUACAGUUUUCAAAGCUAAUUCAUGUUUCCCAGAAAACAGAUGGGGGCUUUCCAAAUAUUUGAUUCAUUUCAUUAGGAGAAAAGUGGUUUCAGAAUAAAAAUCUUUCUCUGCAUUGUCCGAAAAUGAGAAUUUCUGUUAUAAUGUUUGUGUAGUUCUGCGGGUCCAAUUUGAGCCAAGCCCUUCUACAGGAGGACGCAUCUUUGUUAACACGUUGUAGUUGUUCACCCCGUGUAAUCGUGUCUUGGGUUUACACUGACUAAAUGUGAUGCAUGUACAUUCCUGAUUCUUUGUUGCAAACGGUUUAUGAAGUGAGCC